AUGAGGCGCAUGCGCGUUGUGGACGGGCGCUGGGGCUGCGAGGGCUCGGCGUGGCGGGGCCGGGCGGGACGCGCCGCCGCCGGGAGAGGUCCCCGCGGCGGGGCCGAGGAGCUGACCGAGCCGGGCGGCGGCCAGACGGGCUGGCGCGGGCAGUCGCGGGGCUCGCUGCAGCAGCUGGCGGAGCGGUACGCGGACCUGGCGGCCAGCCACAGCGAGGCGCUGCGGCAGCGGGAGGAACGGGAGUGGCAUAACGCGCGGCUACGCCAAGAAAACGCGCGGCUGCGGCUGGAGAACCGCCGCCUGCGCCGUGAGAACCGCUGCCUCUUCCGCCAGGCCUUGCUGGGUCCCGGCCCCGACAGCCCCGACAAGCCUUUCGCCGCGGACCCGGGCGAGGAGGUGGAGGCCCUGCGCGUCCAGCUGAGGCGGCUGCAAGAGAAGCACCGGCGGGCCUUGCAGCACCUGCGGCGGCACCGGGCUGCCGGCGGGCCGGAGGCCUCGCAGCUGGACGACGGGGAGCUGGACGAGCUGCUGGCGGAGGACGACCACGAGCAGCCACUGGAGAAGAGGAGCCUGGUGCCGCUGGCGUAGCCGGCCUGGGGAAGCGGGCGGCCGGGUAGGGCAGCUGUGAGGAGACGGCGCCGUAGGACGCUCCGGGCCCGCCCGCUCCCCGGCCCCCAUGGGCCGCUGCGGCCAGUGCCGGCCCUCGGGGCGGAGGAGAGACGGGCCACUCCCCGCCUUCUGCCCUUCACUGUCCCCAGAGAAGCGCGGGCCGACCCUGCCACCUGAGUCGAAACAGGCUUUUCCCAAGAAAAGGGUGGGGGGAGGAGUUGUCUGGGUUUUUUAAUCCCUCUCAGAUGUAUGGCCGGGAAGCACUGACACGGUUAAGGAGAAGGAGGUUCAGCUGGAAAACGGAUACUUGGAAGAGGCCAGUGUCCCUAGUCAACGAAUGUCUCGAGCUGUUGUCAUGGGGAAAACCACGGUGAAAAGGACAGUUGCUUUCAUGUCACCUCAUAGCAUUGAGCUGUGCUUCUUUUGGGGAUCAGCUGAGGAUCACCUUUUUUCUCUCUCAGUUAGCAACUGUCAUGUAGACCUCAGCAGCCAUGGAGACUAUCAAAAGAUGGCUCUGACUAAUGUUUAGUGUAUAACCUGGGAAAAGGAGAGGACAAAGCUUGAGAGCUCCUUUGUUGGCAUUCCAGUGAGUUGGCGGUACUUUGGACUACUCUGAAUUGUAUGGACAUUUACUGCAAAACAGUAUUUGUAUCUUUAAUGGUGGACUUUGUUCACCGUCACAUAAGUAUUGAUUGGAAUUUUAAACUUUCACAUAAAACUGCAGUUGAUAAAAAAUAAAACCAUGACACGAAA